AUGUUGUCGUUCUUUGGAUUCUCCGAUAUGUCAAGGGCACACUUUAUCAUGGACUCCACUACUUCUCUCGAGCUUCAUGCUUAUUCAGAUGCAGACUGGGCAGGUGAUACGACUGAUCGAUGCUCUAUCACAGGUUUCUAUUUCCUGUUGGGUACUUCUCUUGUCUCAUGGCGUAGUAAGAAGCAGGAUGUGGUUUCCUGUUCCAGUACUGAGGCUAAGUAUCGUGCCCUUGCCGACACCACCUGCAAGCUUCCAGAAUUCCCAUCCUCUCUGCCCAUUUACCGCCAAAAUCAAGAAGAAAGAAUGACCGGCAAGAAGAAACGCUCCUCUGCCCCGCUCCCCCCACCCUCUUCCUCCGAACCCGAACCCGCCUCGUCCUCUUCCUCUUCCUCUUCUCCACUGUCCAAUGAAUGCAAUCGAGUUUUCGGAAUUCUUCAUAAUGGGACCUACAGCGAAGCACUGGAAGCCGCUAAGUCCCUAGUCUCCCGCCACCCUGACUCCGCCCUUGCCAACGCCCUCAUCGCCCUCGUCCAUAAGGAUAUCGCGAUAUCAAUCAGCGACACAUCCAGUGUCGUCAUAAGACACGAACACAUUGUCUCCGCCCUCUACUUCAGCAAUGCAGCCCUGGUGCUUUCCCCGGAUUCCAUCUCUUUCCCAAUGUUGCGUGCUGUGGUGCUGUUAACCAAUGAGCAAUAUGAUUCCGCCAUCCAAGAAUGCGAGUCGGCUUUGUCCAUCAAGAAUCCAUUGGACCCCAUGCAAGAUAACUUGGGCAUCGUCCAAUACACUCCCCUAGAUUCAACCCUGGAGUCUCGAGUUGGGAAAGUGAGAACGAAACUCAGGGAGCUAAUAGCGAAAGCCAAGAAGUACAAGUUCAAGAAGCUCGUGGAGGACAAUUCACUUGCAUUUCGAGCUUUACAAGCGAUAAAGGUAGAGAUAAACACAAGACUUGAAAAUGUGUGGCAGCGUUUAGUGGAACUGCCAUCACCGUCUACUUCAAGAAAACUACUCAAGAAAGUCUUGUUGAAUGUGGACGCUAUAACACGAGCCAGGGCUUAUUGGAACAACGAGAUGAGCUUGGAGGCGAAGAAGGAAUUGUUGAGUGUCAGUGUCGAUGUGAAUUUCGAUAAGAAUAAAUCGAUGGGGGUGAAGGCAAAAGAGGUGUUGGCAGAGGCUGUGGAGUAUGCGAAGGAGACGAAGAAUUGGAAGUUUUCGACGUGUUGUUGUUGUGGCGAGAGGUUUUUUGAUGAAGAAUUGAAUAUGGAGCAUAUAAAGAUUGACCAUUUAGGGACUUUGUCCGAGGAGUUACAGUCUGUUGUGCCAAGAAUUUUACUGAAGUCAGAAAUUGAAAUCUGCGAUUGGAAGCCAGUGGACGUGGACGCUGCUGUGAAAUUGAUCGAAGAUUUGUCAAGAAAUGAGUCUGGAGAUCAAGGCCAAGAUAAAGGCAAGUCACAAGAUUUGACGUUGGAGAACUGGCCUUAUUGCAACGAUACCAACCGCGAGGAGAUGAUCAAGAGAAUUUGGACGAUUUUACAAGUGUUAAUAGGGGUCAAAUGUUUUGCUCCGAGUCAUCUCUAUAUGCUGCUGGACUUAAUAUUGGAAAUGCUGAAGAAUCGAAUCCCCGAAACACUGCUUAAGCAGCAUUGGAUGAAUAGGACGCUGGUCUCAGUGUUGUUUCUCGAUGAACCAGAGCUUAAAAGCGUCCGUGAAUUCAUCGAGGAAGAGCUUGAGAUUUCUUGUGGAUUAGGUGAUGUCUACUCUAGUUUCACGAUGGACAAUGCUAUGGAUGAUCUUACUAUUAGUCAUGAGAGGAUAAUUUUUAGCAAUGACUUGUCUCAUCUAAUUCUGCUGCUUGAUGAAACAAGAAUAUAG